AUGACCGAGCGUUCGUGGCUUGAGCAACUUGAAUGUAGCCACUUCAGCGAUUACUUAGAAAUCGCUACACCACAAAUCCGCCCGCAGGAUCUGCACCUCUGGGAGAACUGCUUCCUGGCCAAAUUCGGCGUCACCAUUGACCUGCUCAAGAAUAGGCUGAGGAAGCUUAAGUCGCAUCUGAAGCGGUGCGGCUACCCAAUGGAAGCAGCGGAGUUCCAGGUCGUUGCGAUGAUUUUGGGUGGAAUGCCCUUGGAGUUCAAGAAGCUGCAUCUAGAGUCUGAGCUCCACAAUAAGUUUCGGACGCUGAAGCCCGUGUACGCUACCAUACGGAAGGACAAACGCAGACUGUAG